AUGGAUAUUAUAGUAUUAACAUAUUUUCUAUUUAAUCCAAUAAAGAUCAUGGCAGAGGUAACAGAGGGAUUUUCCGCGUUAUCUUUUUGGAAGAAUGUAGAAAAGAAAAAUAUAUCGACGAGCUUUAAGGAGUCGCCUGGACGGUCGGCGCCCAAGAAGCUCAAUUUCCCGCUUCUCAAACCACCCGCACCCGAAGACGAGGCAUCGACAUCGGUGCUUGUCAAGAGCGAGUGGGACGACCAAAACGUCACGGGCGCAUUUGAUUUCUGGAAGAAAAAGGCCAUCGAGGUCAAAGAGGAGACGGAACGCUACAACACACGUCGCAGCUACAGAAACACUGUCGACUUGACCAACAUCUUGGCCAAAUCUUCGAGCGAUCAGAAUCUGUCCGAGAAGGGUGGUGACUCGCCCAAAUCAUUGGACAGUUUGUCCAGUGGUGGUGGUGGUAGUGGCAGCAGCAGCGGUAGCAGCUUGUCACCUCUGAUCACAGUGUCACCCACGUCAAAUAUCAAUAUCAAUGCGUCACCCGAGACGUCGCCUAUUGGCGAUGCCGAGCAACGCACGGGUGCAGUGAGUGACCAACUGGUCGUCGACGACACCAACAUGGUACGUAGUUUUAGACGGUCGAGAUCGAUCAGUUGUGAAGCUAUCCCACAGGUGGCAACCAGCACUACUAGCACUAGCACUACUAGUACUGUUGUUCAACCAACCGCAUCGACCGACAAACAAGAACAAGAUGUUGAAGAGUCAUCGUCAUCGGAUGAAGAGUCUGAUCUCAGCAGCGAAGAGUCGUAUGACGAGUCGAGUGACGAUGAGAUGGACAAGUUGCAUGAACAUGAGCCAGCCACACCACCCAAUGCCGAUAGUUCUUCGUCGCCAGUACUAACGUCUACGCCAGCCGACCAUCACGACCAUCUCUCGUCGAUCCAAUCGAUUUCACAAGUCCAAGAGGAAUCGACGUACAAGUUGGACGUGCAGUCUGCAGCUGUCAGCCAUCCCCACCAUGACACUGCCACCCCCAGUCAACCAUCAUCGACUGUCCACACAACUACGACCGCCACGACACCAAUGAAUAUUCCCGAUCAAGCCACCCAACAAAAGCAACAGACCUCAUCAUCAUCAGCAGCCUAUCUCACACCACACUCGGGUAGUGGAAACAACAGUCUGUCAUCAUCACCACUCUCAUCGUCGCCACUUGGCAAGGAUGGAAGACCUAAAAAGGAUGCUGGCAAACGUUCAAUCGGUGCCACUCUAACGAGAACCAUGACCAAAACCUUUGGCAAGGAUGCCAAUGGCAAACCAACCACAUCGUCAGGAUCAGGAUCGUCACCCAACAGCAGUUUAAACAAUGUACAACAGGUUUUACAACAACAACAACAACAACCAUCCAACACACCCAAAAAGGAAAAGGUCAAGUUGGACAAACAAGAAAAAGAACGUCGUAAACAAGAAAAGAGAGAAUUAAAGAAAAAGGAACGUGAACAAAAGAAACAAUCAAAGAAAAAGAAUUUAACAAAAUCACUUUCUCUAACUGAUAUGUCAAAGAAAGCAAUUACUGUUCCAGAAUCUUCAAGUGUAUUUAAAGUAAGAUUAACCAAAUUGGUAGCAAAUAAUAAUGGUAAUUUACCACCAUUUAUUACUUCUGCUAUUACAUUCUUGAGUAAUUCAGAGAAUGUAGAUGUAUCAUAUAUAUUUAUGGAUGCUCAUAAUGAUCCAACCGUUAAAUCUCUUAGAGUUAAAGCUGAAAAAGAGGAAAUUGAUUUUUCAACUAUACCAAAUCCAAGAAUUGUUGGAGGUUUAUUAAGAACAUUUUUCGGAGAUUUACCACAACCAUUGUUCAACACCAAGUUUUAUGAUGACUUGAUGGAGAUUCAAGACAUUACCAAACCAGAGGUCAAGUUGCACGAUCUUCGUUCACUUAUCUGGACCCUUUCACAUCUUCGUCGCAAUUUGUUGUUGCUCUUGGUCACCUUUUUGAUGCAAAAGUAUGUCAACUCGUCGCCCACCAAGCAGGCCACCGUUGGCAUUUUGGCAUCGACAUUUGGCCCCGUGCUCUUUAGAUCGGCCGACCCCAAGACUGCGUCGAUCAACCAGAUCCAGCGUGAAGAGACAAUGCGUCUCAUCCUCGAAAACAACGAGUUCCUCUUUGACCAGGUGGAAAAGAGCGAUUUGGUCUAUGCCAACCACGAGGGCAAGAUGAUUGUGGCCGAGGCAUCUGUGGACUCUUUGGUCGACCGUGCCACCGACGUCUACUACCAUUUUGCCGACAAGUACUUUAUGUUGACGUUCUUUAUGACACACCACUACUUUAUCCAGCCAAAUGACCUCGCCGACAAAUUGAUCCAGUUGCACCGCGAGAGUAACCGCGCCGAAAGCAAAAAGAAAUGGAAAAAGAACCGUGGAGGCAAGCGUGCCGAAAAGAUCAACGAGGCGGUCAAGCUGUGGGUCGACUACUGCUAUCGUGAGUUGCGCGAGGACAAGAAGCUAGCUCAAAAGAUUUUAAAGGGGUUCCCACAUUUAGAGGCUCAACUCAGCUCGCGUCUGACGCAGUCUAGAUUCGCAUUUUCCGAUAUUCUCAAGGUACCCAAGUUCCACACCCGUACACGUAGUGCGUCCGUGUCGGAUUCGCUGUUGUUUAGCGGUGCCAUGAGCAAGGAUCCAUCGCUUGUGGCUAUGGAGAUUGCCGAGCAGGCGACCGUCGCAGACUAUGACCUCUUUGUCAAUGUGCGUUUGUCGGACUGGGUGCGUCUGUUGCAGGGGUCAGUUGACCCCACUCAAUGCCCAUACUUGGCCAAUGCACUCAAAAAGUCGACUACUUGGUGUCAAUGGGCCAUGGGUGAGAUCAUGCAGGUCGAAGACAAAGGUCAACGUGUGCAAGUCAUCUGUUUGCUCGUUGAGAUUGCCGUCUACUGCCGCGAACUGUCCAACUACAACACAUGCAUCUCAAUCUUGAACGCGUUUAAUAACCACCACAUCAAACGUCUCACUCAGACAUGGGAGGCUGUGCCCGCCGAGACACGUGCCAAGAUUACAAGGUUGUCGCAGGCUUUGGCCGUGUGGACUGCCAACACCACGAGCGCGAGUGGCGGUGCCACCCAAUUUGCACAGAUUUGCGCACAAAUCUCGUCUGCGUGUGUGCCACACUUUGGCACGUUGCGUGCUGUGCUCCAGAGCUUUGAUCAGUCGAUGCCAACAAAGUCAUCCGACGGACUACGUGUCAACGUCGACAAGUUGCGUCAUGUCUUUAGUGCCGUCGUCGACUUGCAGCGUCUGCAACAACGUCAGUACACACUCAAGCCAUCCAAGUUGUCGAUCCAUUUGCAAGACUUGCAAGCACCGACUAUGGAGGAGUUGGCCGAGAUGUCACUCGUAUGUGAACCACCCACCACCACGAAAAAGUACACUGCACCCGUGGAUGCGAGCGUUGCUGUGCCAGACUGGCGUGAGCAAAUUGCCAAGUCGUACGCCAAGCCUGUCGCACAGACUGCCGUCGGCAUUGAUUUGCCACGUCUCGCCUGUUUCUUUACUAUUGGCGGACGUCCAACCGUCACUGGUGCCGGCAAGGUCGCCGACAUCCAAGCCAACAUUGCCGCUCUAUCGCGUCUUGUCUUGGGUGACGCUGCUGCCGCCGAAGCCAACUUUGAGAGUAAAAUGUCCGACACGCUACCUCUGACCACUCCACCCGACUCGGACAUUAAGCGCGAGCUUGUCAAGUAUCUCGAUGAGACUGUCGGUGCCGACCACCCCAUCGUCAGCCUACUCAAGUGCUGCAACCAAGCCAUCAUUGCACCCGCCGUCAUCGAGCUCACUCUCAACAUUGCCAAGGGUAUCCAAUUUAUGGAUGCUGCAGGUUCAUGGAGAAUUGAAAUUAAUAGUAAUAUUAUUAAAAAGGAAAACAAUUCAUCAUCAGAUGAAACCAACAACAAUGAAAAUAAUAACGAAAAUAGUAGUAAUAGUAAUAAUGACCAAACAACAACAUAUAUAGUUCGUCAUAUUAAGCGUCAAAAAUCACGUUCGACAGAAGCAAAGGAUCAUUUUGAAUUUGAAUGGUCUCUUACCCUUACACUCGAUUCAUCCUGUAAAACCAUCCAAUCCUUUUCAAUCAAUAUCAUUUCCAUCAACUUCUACUCUGACACUAAUCCGCAACUUAAAGAACAAAUCACUCAAACCCUUACCCCUUAUUUAUUAACUACUGAUUGUAUUAAAGAAAUUAGUCAAGCUGUCCCAGCUGCUGCACCACCUUCCUCCUCAGAUGUUUAA